AUGGAAGAUCUUAGACAGGCAGACCCGACUCUUCCGCAGCAUCGCGAGGGUAACAAACCCCCCAUUCCGGACAAGAAGCCACUCGACACUGACGCCGGGUCCAUUGCCCUUGACGACAUGGGACUUACCUACAGUCCCGCCCCCAAGAACCAAGUCACUGUCAUCAUAGAGCCGGCUAGCCCGUUCGCGAAUUCUGAAUCUGACAUGAUGGGCUUCACCAAGGUCGAGAUGCCUGCUCCGGAGAAUGGUGCUCAGAGCAGUGGCCCAAGGCAAGCUCUGCCCAAAGGCCUCGUUGCCACUCGCUUCAAUAAUUAUCCUGCCUCCCAUUCUUCUCGUCAACCCCUAUCCCCUUCUUCGACGGUGACCUCUUCUUCCUUUGUUGAAUGCGAUCUCAUCGACCUUGGGACUGACGUUUCCUCGCCUUCAAGAGAAUUUUCCGAAAAGGACGUCAACACCACUGCACGCGACGGCGAAGACGAAACAGAGGUCAGCCAAGAGUUACUCCUACGCCGUGAAAUCGAGGAACUACGUUACAGACUCAAGUCAACAACGGCUCGAGCCGAGAUUGCCGAGGAGAAGGUUGAACGAGCGGAGCAAAGAAUCGGCGAGAUCAAGUCUACCGUGACCUCGACCGUUACAGAGAUCAAGAACGAUACGGGGCCUCUCGCUACAAAAUUCGAUGAGCUCGAGACGGAGAACUCAGCUUUGAAAGAGCAGCUCAGGGACGCCCAAUCUCACAUCUUCAGCUUGCAGCCCUACCGCAAGGAACUCACACCUGAAGAAGUCGGGCGCGAAUACGAUGAUCUUAUUGAAGGCAUCAGCGAUUGGGUAACCAAAUUUAUGGACCCAUUUCUAGAUGAUCAUGAAAAGGGGGUCGAAGAUAUCAUGAUGACUGCCCGCAGGAAGCCCACCGACGCUCUCAAGUUGAAGCGGAUCAUACAUCUAUAUCCUGACCUUGUUCAUGGCGCAGUAUUCCCAGAAACGGACGAAGAUAUUGCUGUCGCGAUUAUCAUGAGGUUUCUCAACGACAACAUUUUUCAAAAGAUUUUGUACGGCGCCAUCACCAACUACGUUGAGGUCCUCAGCUUCGUGGAAAUAGCACUGCAGAACCACGUUGAUCCCAAGCGAGACCUCUUCGCGAUCAGAACAUGGACAGCAGAGGCAUACAACGCAAUCUUGAGCUCCCGGGAGUUCAAGGGCUGCCGGGAGAAGAAGAUGCGUGAACUCACAAUCGAGCUUGCGGGCAUUUUCAGGAUCUUCAAUCGGAAAGACAAGAUAGAUGGAUUUUACAAAAGCUUCGAAGAGCAUUGUAUCAGGCCAGCCAUGCAGCUCUACGAGAAAAUACAGGUUUCCACCAACCAUUUCUAUUUCGACAUCAACCCAUACAUCAUGUGGGGCGGGGACGACGAGAUGCAAACGUCGACCGACUUCCUCGACAACUUGCACGAUCUCGACUGCAAGAACAUUCUGCAGAACCGCAAAGCCUUCAAUCUGGCCAAGAUCGACCCGCAGCCUACCAAGAAGGAGCUGUAUCACCACCUGCUCAACGUUUGCACCCUCACACCGGCGCUCUACAUGCGACAGAUUGGUCGCAAGGACGUCAUCAAGGAACCGCAGCUUGUGCGGCGUCAACAGAUGUUGGUGGCGUGGGGGCCGCAAGACAAGCGUGACACGUUCCAGGAGAAUGGUGAUCGUACGCUGCUGAGCCAACUUUACUACGCAAAGAGCGAUCGAGAGAGGCAGGAGGCCGGUGGAUGGACGAACUUCCGUUGGGGAGGCUAG